AUGGGGCAGCUGUGGGCGGCGGGGAGCGCGAAAGGGGCGCCAGCGCGGCUACCUCUGGUGUUCACGGCGCUAUGGGCCGCAGCCGUAAGCUUGGAGCUGGGCUACGUGCUGGUGAUGGGCCCCGGGCCGCCCCCACUGGGACCAUUGGCCCGGGCCUUGCAACUCGCGUUGGCCGUCUUCCAGCUGCUCAACCUGCUGGGCAACGUGGGGCUCUUCCUGCGCUCGGAUCCCAGCAUCCGGGGCGUGAUGUUGGCCGGCCGCGGGCUGGGCCAGGGCUGGGCUUACUGCUACCAGUGCCAGAGCCAGGUACCACCGCGCAGUGGGCACUGUUCUGCCUGCCACGUCUGCAUCCUGCGCCGGGACCACCACUGCCGCCUUCUGGGCUGCUGUGUAGGCUUCCGCAACUACAGGCCCUUCCUGUGCCUACUGCUUCACGCUGCUGGUGUCCUGUUGCACGUGUCGGUGCUGCUGGGCCCUGCACUCUCAGCGCUGCUUCGAGCCCACACCCCUCUCCAUGCCGCCACACUCCUCCUCCUUCCCUGGCUUAUGCUUCUCACAGGUAGGGUGUCAUUGGCGCAGUUCGCCCUGGCCUUCGUGACGGAUACAUGUGUGGCGGGUGCACUGUUGUGCGGGGCGGGGCUGCUCUUCCAUGGGAUGCUGCUGUUGCGUGGCCAAACCACAUGGGAGUGGGCUCGGGGCGAGCAGGCCUAUGAUCUGGGUCCUCGCCACAAUCUGCAGGCGGCUCUUGGGUCUCGCUGGGUCAUGGUCUGGCUCUGGCCCUUCCUGGCCUCCCCCUUGCCUGGGGACGGCAUCUCCUUCCAGACCCAAGCUGACAGGGAUCUUAUGGCUUCCUGA